AUGUCACGCCAUAGAGUGAAGAAUAUCAGUUAUGACGAUGACGACCUGGACGACGAAAUCGAUGACAAUGACGAUGAGCUUUCUCCCGAAGACCGCGAACAGAUGCGACUCGCGACAAUAGAGGUGCAGCAGCUGCUACGCUCGCAGAUACCAGCUAUAGAAGCUAAAGAAGACGAUAUAUGGGAGACUCUAUGGCAUUAUUACUAUGACGUGGACAAAUCUGUCGACUACUUGACCAAGAAAUAUAGAUCGCAGGAAAAGAAGGAAACGAAAGCAAAAGCGUCCACUGCUGCAACAAAAAAGAAGAAUACAGCUGUUACAGAUUCGACGGUGUCAACCUUACCACUACCUUACUCGAGCCACUUCUCUGUGCAUGACUUCUUCAAAGACUCUCCGUGGUUAAAUAUCCCGCCACAUCGGCAAGCGGAGAUCUUGAUCGAACCACUAUAUCCUAGACUAGGAUUGCUAGGGGGAUCUUCCUCCGAGAAGCCCGGGAAGAUGUCAAAGUUGGCCGCUCUAGCUGCUGCACGCAAGAAAAAGGAAGCCGAAAGACAGAAAGCUCAAGAACAAGGAGAGGCAGGAGGGUCAGCAGAGGAAACGAAUAAACCUCUUUCCUUACGGGAUAGGUUGGCUGGUGGUGGGAAAAGCAGGACGCCCACGCCUUCUAGUUCUAGGUCAUUGACACCGCUGAGGGGUCUGAGUCGGUCUCCCAAGAAUGAACAGUCACAGGCGAUUGGAGAAGGCGCAAAUAUUGGCCAACAGCUUGCAUCAAAAGCGACUCAGCAAGAACAUGAUCGCAAAGAAGCUGAUAUAUCGAAGUCCGAGGAAAAGCUUGCGGCUGGCCCGUCUGAAUUUGCAGCAAUAAUAAUCGGCGAGAAAAACGAAUUAGGGGAACCUGCUUCCAGCGUCUCACCUCGUGCAUAUAAUCUGUUUGAUUUCGUCGUGCAAGAUCUCACUGAAGUUUACAAUUUUGCAGAGCCGAGCCCGGACGAUGUCGUUAUCAAUGCACAGAAUGCAGCUAAAGAGAAGAAAGCAAAACGAAAUGCCAACCAGCAGGCAGCCGGAAAAGCUCAAACGGACUUGGCUGGCGGUGUGCAGCAGCUAUCAGUUGAACCUGUGAAGGUGAAAAGCAAAAAUUUAGACGUAUUAGAAGAACAUCGAAAAGCAAAGAGGAAGAAAGCUGCGAAUUUUGUUGUUAUUGGCCAUGUUGACGCCGGGAAAAGUACGCUUAUGGGGAGACUGCUAUACGACCUUAAAGCGGUCGACCAGCGAACAGUUGAUAAAUACCAACGAGAAGCCGAUAAGAUCGGAAAAGGAUCGUUUGCGUUUGCAUGGGUUCUUGACCAGGGCGCAGAAGAGCGCGCUAGAGGUGUCACAAUCGACAUUGCUUCAAAUAACUUUGAAACAAAGGAUACCAAAUUUACAAUAUUAGAUGCGCCGGGACAUCGAGACUUUGUGCCCAAUAUGAUUGCCGGUGCAAGCCAAGCUGACUUCGCCGUUUUGGUCGUUGAUGCUAGCACCGGUAAGUUUGAAUCUGGCUUGAAAGGACAGACUAAAGAACACGCUUUGCUGGUCCGGAGCAUGGGUGUGCAGAAGAUGGUUAUUGCCGUUAAUAAGAUGGAUAUUGUAGACUGGAAUAAGGACAGAUUCAAUGAGAUUGAACAGCAGAUAUCCGCCUUCCUGGUAACAGCUGGCUUCCAGGCGAAGAAUAUCUCGUUUGUUCCUUGCUCUGGUCUUCAGGGAGACAAUAUAGCGCGAAGGUGCGAGGAUAAAAAAGCCGGCUGGUACACCGGCAAGACACUUAUUGAAGAACUAGAGACUUCAGAGCCAUUCUCAUACGCCCUCGAGAAACCUCUACGGAUGACGAUAGGAGAUAUAUUUCGGGGAGGUAUCCAGAAUCCCCUAUCUAUAUCUGGACGGCUUGACGCUGGCCACCUCCAGGUGGGCGAUCAGUUUCUGGUCAUGCCCAGCGGAGAGAAGGCAGUUGUCAAGAGUCUGGAAGUCGACCAUGAGCCAGUGGAUUGGGCGGUGGCAGGUCAAAACGUGGUCCUCCAUUUAGCUGAAAUCGACGCUAAACACCUUCGAAUUGGUGAUAUCGUCUGCAGCACCUCCUCGCCGGCUCAGAAUAUCACCAGCUUCACCGCAAAAGUACUUGCUUUUAACCAUCUGACACCAAUGCAUAUUGACGUGCACCGCGGCCGGCUGCAUGUCCCUGGUCGGAUUACGCAGCUGGUAGCUACUUUGGACAAAGGGUCGGGCAAGCCAACGAAGCGGAAACCGAAGAUUGUGGCUCCGGGCAAGGUCGCUCGGGUGGUGGUGGAGCUGGAGCAGUCCAUCCCGCUAGAAGCUCCUGCGCGGAUAGUCCUGCGGUCUUCAGGGGAAACCGUUGCUGCGGGUCUACUAGAGUAG